AAUAGGCCAAAACCCAACCUCACCUGACCCGACCCACAACCUCUUCAAUCAAUUACCAAUUUACCACAGUCCGUCCGUAAGUGGAUUAAGGACCAUUUCGUUUAAAUCCAACAUAUAAUCAAGCUAUUUCUCUCCCAAAAUUCCAAUUUUCUUAUAGUACCUUUCUUCAAUGACAAUGCUAAAACCACUUUGAUGGAACAAUACAAGAAAACUACCCAACCCCACCAAAAAAAUCAACAUUCUUAGCUUGGAUUUAGUAGCAAGAAAUGCUAAUUGGGCAACUGACGGUAUGGCCAAGUUCGACCACCAUAUACGGCGGCGCUGGUAAUUUGCUUCUGUUGAGGCCACUUGGUAGACGCCGGAGGAGAGAUAUUUUCUGGGUUUCUGCAAUAUUUGACGGCCACAAUAAAAAGCAGCAGAAUCACUACGCUGUUUUAGGGAUUUCUUCUUCUGCUUCUUCCUCUGAUAUCAAGAAAGCUUAUCGCCUUCUUGCGCGUAAGUGGCAUCCUGAUGUUAGCAAGGAUUCACGAGCUGGUGAAGUAUUCAAAAGUAUUCAUCUCGCCUACCAAGUGCUAUCUAAUGAAGCAACAAAGGUUCAGUAUGAUAGAGUACUCAAGUCUGGCAUGCACACCUCUAAUCCUGUCCAAAGAAACACUUAUCAGGAUUUCGAGUUUGAAAAUGAAUUUAUAAUGCAUAGAUGGAGUGAAUUAAGGCAAAAGAUGCGAAAUGAUAGAUCGCAAAGACAUGAUGACGGCGGACAAAGUUAUUCCUUUGACGACACUGAUUCUGAUGAAGAGCCUGAAGAAAAGGCUGAGGAAGAAAGGGGCUCAUUCUUUGAAGUUCUUCAGUCUAUUUUCCUCUCCAUAACUCUGAUGAAAACAUUUGGCUGCCAAUCAUCACUUAUUUUCAGCAGCCUAACAGCAUGGUUUGAUGAAAAGUUGGAUGCUGGUUAUAAAAUGGGCUACCUGAUUGCUUGGGUAUUGGGUGGUCAACGGUGGUUUGCUUUCCUUGUGUCUCUCUCUUGCAAGCUGGAUAUGUGGCAAAAAUAGCAGUAGCAUAGUCACGCUUGUUGUCAUCGCCAUGUGGGUUGGAUCCAAUAUUUUGCGUUAUGCACCAGUUCCUCAAGGCGCACUCCUCGUGCUUGUGUACAUGUCUGUUAAACUACAGGUUGAUCUAAGGUAGAAUUAUAUGAUGAUCUAAGCUUGGAGUAUCCAACUUUUCUUGAGUCCUGUACAAUUGUACAUAUCUUGUGUUGUAAAAAGAUAGAAACAUUAUGGUCCGCUGAACCAAAAACUAUAAAAGCCUUCUGGUGUGACCUUUUGCUUUCUCAUGUAAUGUAUACAAAGUAUUCAUUUUUGGA